AUGGCUUUCAGUCAAAUUAAUCAAAAGAAUCUUUUAAUAUGCAACCAACAGCUGAGCUCUUUCUCGUAUCCCAGCUUUCCACCGUAUAUGAUCCUUUGGGUGGCUCAGGAGGCAGAAGAAAGAGGCGAUGACGAAAGAGAUGAUGCUGGAGUUGUUGGAAAGAGAAAAACACUUUUCACGAGGGCUAGAGUCAUUCUUUCUGGUCUUGCAAGAGCUAAAUCAGUUCCCAGCCAUACAUAUUCCAAUGAAGUGGUAACCCUAUGGUACAGGCCUCCAGAUGUCCUUCUGGGAUCAACAGAAUAUUCCACCUGCCUUGACAUGUGGGGAGUGGGUUGUAUCUUUGUAGAAAUGAUUCAAGGGGUCGCUGCUUUUCCAGGAAUGAAAGACAUUCAAGAUCAGCUUGAAAGGAUAUUUCUGGUACUUGGAACACCAAAUGAAGAUACAUGGCCUGGAGUCCACUCUUUACCCCAUUUCAAACCAGAACGGUUUACACAGUACAGCCCUAAAAACCUUAGACAAGCAUGGAAUAAGCUGAGCUGUGUGAAUCACGCGGAAGAUCUAGCCUCCAAACUACUCCAGUGUUUUCCAAAGAACAGAUUGUCAGCACAGGCAGCCCUGAGCCAUGAGUAUUUCAGUGAUCUGCCCCCACGGCUAUGGGAGUUAACUGAUAUGUCUUCUAUUUUUACUGUACCGAAUGUAAGAUUACAGCCAGAGACUGGAGAAAGCAUGAAAGUCUUUGGAAAAAACAAUAGUUAUGGCAAAGGUGUAUCAAACAGCAAACAUUGA